AUGCUACAGGAGCUUCUACGAGUGUCGCUGCCCGUGUUCAGGUGGGCGGAGACCGGCGCGCGCAGCAGAGCGCGGGCGGUGUGCACGCUGGACGACAUGCCCGGACCCUCCUUCCUCGGCUUCGUGUGGGACCUGGUCUUUAAGCGGGGUCUGGCACGGCUCAACGAACUACAGCUGGAGGGAGUGCAGCGGUACGGGCCCGUGUGGAAGGUCAGCUUUGGUCCCAUCUUGACAGUACAUGUGGCUGAACCAACGCUCAUUGAGCAGGUGCUGAGGCAGGAGGGCCAGCACCCCAUGCGCUCUGACCUUUCCUCCUGGAAGGACUACAGGAAGCACAGAGGACAUCACUACGGACUCCUAACAUCUGAGGGAGAGGAGUGGCAGUCAGUCAGAAGUCUUCUGGCGAAGAACAUGCUGCGGCCAAAGGCAGUGGAGGCCUACGGUAAAACCCUGAACAGCGUGGUCAGUGACCUCAUCGCAAAGCUUCACCUUCGCAGGCAUCCUGACGGGCUUGUUACCGACAUUGCCAGCGACUUCUAUCACUUUGGCCUCGAAGGGAUUUCCACGGUACUCUUUGAAUCCAGAAUUGGUUGUCUGGAUAAAGUUGUUCCCAUAGAGACGAAGCGUUUCAUCCAGUCAAUCAACACCAUGUUUGUAAUGACACUUCUUAUCAUGGUGAUGCCGCAGUGGUUGCACCAGCUAUUCCCCAAAAGUUGGAACACUUUUUGUCAGUGCUGGGACUACAUGUUUGACUUUGCAAAAGGUCACAUUGACCAGCGUCUGACAGCAGAAGCAGAGAAGGUGGUACAGGGUGAGAAGAUAGAGGGGCGUUAUCUCACCUACUUCCUGUCCCAGACGGGGCUGCCCAUGAAGACCAUCUACAGCAACGUGACAGAGCUGCUUGUUGCAGGGGUUGACACUAUCGCCAACACGUUGUCAUGGUCACUCUACGAGCUGUCACGUCACCCUGAGAUACAGGCCUCUGUCCGACACGAGGUGUUAGCUGUUCUGGACGGACGACGUGUACCAGAGGCAGCAGAUGUGGCUCAGAUGCCUCUCUUGAAGGCCGUAGUUAAGGAAGUGCUCAGAUUGUAUCCUAUUAUUCCUGCCAAUGCAAGGGUCAUCACAGAAAGAGACAUACAAGUCGGAGGAUAUCUCAUCCCUAAAAAUACUCUGAUUACCUUGUGCCACUUUGCCACCUCACGGGAUGCAGCAGUGUUUCCAAACCCAAAUCAAUUCCAGCCCCAUCGAUGGCUGAACAAGCACCAGAACCACCACCCAUAUGCCUCUGUACCCUUUGGAGUGGGAAAACGCAGCUGCAUCGGGCGCCGUAUUGCUGAGCUGGAGCUUUACCUUGCAAUUUCCAGGAUUCUAAUUGAGUUUGAAGUGAAGCCAGAUCCAGAAGGGGUGUCUGUCAAACCCAUGACCAGAACGGUUCUAGUUCCUGAAAAAGUCAUUAGCCUCCAGUUUGUUGAACGAUGACCGCUCUCCUGAAUAGCUGACUUGCGUGAAUGUGAGCUCCUCUGCAGCAAAGAGCAUCAUGGGGUUAAGUUAUCACAGGAACUGUGAGCCCGUUGCAGAAAAUGGACCUUCAACCUUUGUCAUCA